UUCUAUCCUUCCCAGCAUUAGAACUUUGUCCAGAGAGCAAGAUCUUUGCAUAUAGUCUGGUCAUUUGUGCCUUCAGUGAAGAACUUUGGAAUUGAUUUGUAUCAUGGUUCAUUUGUUUGUUCCCUUAGUUGCCCACAGUAUCCUCAGGAAUCUUCUCCAACCCCAAAAUCAGAAGUGUCAAUAGUCAUCUUAUCUGCAACUUCAAAAUCCGUUACUUAAUUUUUUUAUAAAAUGGAGAAAAUUGUAGUAAAAUUAAUAAGGUGCAGCUAGAGAGAAUAUCUGAAUCAUAGCACUGGAAAAUAGCAUGUGAGAAUUGGCAUCUGGAUGACUACUAGACUUCUAGAAAGACUCACCACAUCAUGUAGCAGCCAGUCACAAAGUUUCAUUUUAUAUAUACAUUUCUAUGUAUUAUCUGAAGUACCAUAAGAGCAAUCUUUAUUCUAUGAGAGUGGGAAUAUACAAGUUCUAAGAAAACUAUCUCCUAAACUUGGAGAUGGAACAGAAAAAAAUGCUGAUAGAAUGCAAGCAGUUUCUGUGACACACUUUCUGCACAUUUUGAAUAAGAAUUUGAUUAUUUUUUUUAAAGAAUAAAAACUGGGGCGAGUGGAGUUCAAAAUGUAUGGCCCUUAAUUUUCAGAAAGUGGGUAUUCACUACCAAAACAACAUAUUGUUGCAGUAUUUCUCCUCUCCUCUCCCCUCGAUUUCCUCUACUUCCUCCUAUUUCACAGUCAUACUGUCCUUCCUUAUUAUUAUGGCCAUCAAUUUUAUAUCUAGAUACUUAACACCAUGUACAACUGUUUGUUUUUGUUAGGCAAGACCAGAACAAAAGACAAGUACCGUGUUGUAUAUACAGACCACCAGCGGCUGGAACUGGAGAAGGAAUUCCACUACAGUCGCUAUAUCACCAUCCGGCGGAAAGCAGAGCUGGCAGCAGCCCUUGGACUCACUGAGCGGCAGGUGAAAAUCUGGUUCCAGAAUCGGAGAGCAAAGGAGAGGAAAGUGAACAAGAAGAAGAUGCAGCAGCAAACGCAGCCUGCCAGUACAACUACACCUACCCCACCAGCGGUCUGCACUCCAGGCCCUAUAGGCGGCAUCUGCAGCAGCACCACCAAUCUAGUUUCCACCUCCCCAAUGACUAUCAAGGAAGAAUUUAUGCCUUGAACUCAGCCUUUCCAUUACAUCUCCAAACUAACCUACCCAGAAUGAUAUGGAUUUCCCUCAGAGUCAAACUUACUUGUCAGACUCUCAACCAAGUAGCUUUUUUCUAUGUGCUACUCUACUGGACAAAUAUAAUCAACUCAUUCCUAGGAGUUAAAACCAAAUAGGCCUCUGUGGCUAUUAGAGAAAGACUUGCUGUUGUCUCAGACAAGGGAGGAAUCAUGGGUGUUUGGGAAGAAAGAAACAAGGAAGCAGAGUACUUAAAAAAAAUAUCUGGAUCUUCAUCUGAACAGGAUCAGAAUUAUAGAGUCAGAUGAUUCACAAGUUUAAUUAAUUGUUAAAUUAUAUUUUGUCAGCCUCUGGUCAUUACUCAGGCCUUGUGAUGUGGGUCAAAAAGGCAGGAGCCAAGUGACUUAUUUCAAGCCAAAUUAUAGGUCAGGUCAGAUGAUAGAAACUGAGCCCCGGUUUUACAUACUAUACAGUAUGUAUAGUAUUAGGAACUAAAGUCAUAUUAAAGGCUAAGUAGGCAAGAAAUACAGACAAACAAGAUGGUGAGAAAGAGAGAAGUAAGUAAGUAAGUUAUCGGCUUCCACAAAACAGGGUCUCUUAGAAUGCCAAAAGUCCAACAUUGUUUUCUUGAAAAUUUUAUUCAUGCCUCUAUUCCAUAUCAAAGACAUCUGACUUGGUGUGAGACACUUAGGUUAUAGCAGAGGUGGGUUGCUCCCAGUUCAGCCCGGAUUGUGUGAACCGGUAGUGGCAGCGGGAGGCUCUGCCCACC